AAUUUUGGAUGCACUCUAUGUGGGAGGAUUAGUGUCACAGGAUAUGACAACGAUGAGUGGGAGACAUCAAUUCUUUCGUUGACUGGCUCCUCCCACCUGGAGUGAUGUGUAUAUUAAUAUGGGAAGUGACUGCUGCAGAAUCAGCGCUGAAACGUCUGGAGAGCCACCAGUGUGAUUCAGUGUCCUCACUGAAGACAGGUGCAUACCAGGGGACACAGAGCGGAGACAUCAGUCACUUCAGCUGGACCAACGAUCACAGAGGAGCCAUAGCAGGACUGAAGGGACCGAAAGGUAACAAAGAUACAAUUCUCAGACAAGAAUAACCCCAGUAAGGAGAAGAGAAACUGGAAGUCAAGAUGAACCUGCUGGUGAUCUUCAGUGUUUUUACAGCACUGUGUGUGAACAUGGUUAUUUCCAGAAAAAGGUCAUACAAAAAUCUGGACAAACCUCUGGCCACUUCUAGACAGAUGUGUCGCUCUGGAGAUGGCAGCAGCUACAGAGGAUUUGUCUCCACAUCGGCAGAUGGCAAAAAUUGUAUGAAACGGAUUACAUUUGAAAAUCCUCAAAAGAGUUCUUCGAAAGAAAUCAGUUAUCACAAUUACUGCAGGAACCUUGACAACAGUCUGAUGCCUUGGUGCUAUGUCAAAAGAAGAGGGAGGAUUGUAAAGGAAUUCUGCAACAUUCCCAGAUGUCCAGUUCCAACACCACCAACUGAAAUUGAUACAGAGAUGACAUGUGGCCAGAGGUCUGAGCGGAGGAUGAAUAAAAUUGUAGGUGGUUCUUUCGCAGCCAUAGAGUCUCAACCGUGGAUGGCCGCCAUCUACCGGGAUCGCAAGUUCCAGUGUGGGGGCUCCCUGAUCGCACCGUGUUGGGUUCUCACAGCUGCACACUGCUUUCAUGAACAGAAUGAGGAUCCUCAGCAUCUGUUCGUACACCUGGGAAAGACUGCCACCAAUGAAACAGAUGCUAAGAGAGAGCAGACCUUCACUGUGGAGAAAGUGAUCCUCCACCACAGAUUUAACAUAUCCUCUUCCUUUGACAAUGACAUAGCUUUGUUGAAAAUCAGUGGUGAAGAUGGAAAAUGUGCCGUGAAGUCAGCUUCUGUGAGGACAGUGUGUCUUCCUCCAGCCAACACUCAGCUCCCUGUAGGAUUUCAGUGCAGCAUCGCAGGAUAUGGGAGAGAGAAAUUUUCGGCAUGGGCUAACUCCAAGCACCUGAAAGAGGCCGAGGUGAGUCUGAUCUCCCGGAUUGACUGCACAAGAGAAUCAGAUUAUAACCUCACCAACAACAUGAUCUGUGCUGGGAGCCAGGACUGGACUAGGGACGCCUGCAAGGGUGACUCUGGUGGGCCGCUGGUGUGUGAUGUGUCAGGCAGGAUGUUUCUGUUUGGUGUGGUGAGCUGGGGCGAUGGCUGUGCCAUGAAAAACAAACCCGGUGUUUACACUAAGGUCAGCAACUAUAACAGGUGGAUCACAGCAGAAACAGGACUGUUCAAGUACACACGUGGAAAGAUGUAUCCAGAUAAGACAUGAACGGACCAGGUUACAUUUUGUAAGGAAAAUUAUUGCAGUUUUUUCUAUUCUGUCUAUGCAAACAUUUCAAAAAAAUCAUUGCUAUUGCUACUGUAUGUAUUGAUGUGAACUCACUGGACUGAUUGAAUGUUUUCAUAUAUAUAUUUCAUAUAUAAUUUAUAGAAUGCUGUGUAUAUAGAGAAUCUUUUGUGUCACAUGAAAUGAUAUAUUAAUACUUGGAAGUGUUUUAUGAAGUUUUUGUAACAAGGAAAUAUCAUUUUUUCCAAUAAGCUUUUGUAAUAUUUAUUAUUGUUUGGUGGGAUUUGGCAUUUUGUGCAUAUUUACAAUAUAAUAAUAAAGAUAUUUAGAG